CUCCCUUCUCUGUGUUCAGCCACCACUCUUUUUGAGAAAGCUCGUUAUUGUGUCUUAUAGUCCAUUUCUGGUCCCAUCUCAUGUCCGUAUCGGCGGCCAAACAAUACAUGAGACCACAGGUCACCAAAUUAGGAUGGUCUUCUUAGCUCGGCAUCCCCAAACCUGGCCUUAUGCUCCGGAAUCGACAGGGAAGCACUUGGGUCUCCUGGACGUCGGGAACAAGAAGAUCAACUAUUUUGCGGCGCAGGGCAGCGCUCGCUCUAUUUUCCAAAGGCUGAGCCGGGAUCUCUGCAGCUACCUGGAGUGCAACGUCGAAGAGCUACAGGAGUCGGACGCCCACAUUGGGCUCUCUUUAUACAUGGUUGGGAAACAAGCCGAGAGAAGCAAGCCGAUAGUGAUGCUGGUAUCGGAAGAUGCCGUACUUCGAAAAACCGCUUUUCGAUCAGUUCGAGACAAGAGUGGCAUACUUCGCCGCUGCCCAGGGUUCGAGCUUGGCCAUAUGCCGCUUCAGGCAGAGUUCCAAGACUUCCGCCCAUUGGCUGCAGACUCGACCGAUCUUUGUCUUUUCCAACAGCCAACGGGUGAUAGUUCUGUAGGAAUAGUGGUAGACGAUCACGUCGAUUCGACAUGCAAGAAGCUCAUCUCUCGAGAGGCGAAAGGCGACGAAAUAGAACACCGGUUGGCAACGAGCGGUGGCCUGAUUUUGUACAAAGGAAUGUACAUGCUCCACGCCGUCAACCACUUCUUGGGAACAUCAGGAAAACAAGUCGCCAAUCAAUAUCUGCUUGAAGAAGACGUUGCGCCUGAGACGGGUUGCAGCACUGACGAGGAAAACGAAUGCGAGAUCACAGGCUGGAGCGACUUUGAGGAUGACGAAGGAAUUGAUCUAGCGGAUUCGACGAGCCAGGGAAGCGCUUCGCCCAGAAUCGUCGAGUUCGAAGAUGUUUUGCUUCCCAAAUCAGAUAUGGGCGACUUGGAUGACUCGGACGACUCGGACGGGUACCCAGACUCGCUCCCCUCAAUCAUUUCUGUCAAUGCAAUGCCCGACCUAACACCAAAAUCUGAAGUGCUCUUCAGCAACUCAGUCACCCGUCAGUCGAAUUCACGAACGAGAUGGGUUAUUGAAGCUGGUCGGAUUGUCAUGUCUUCACGUGAUCUUGACUCGGCGCUCGUACAAGUCCAGCCUUCAACAUUGGAAGACCUGGGUUAUGAUGGAAGGUCUGUCACCGACUUCGCCAUCCCACUGCAAGAUUACGCGAAGCACAUCGAACCAGGCCCGCGGGAUGCAGAAAUCGAGCUCGAGACGUCAUCGGGAGUUUUCAUCCGGGGGUUGAUUAAUGGCACCCCGAGCUUCUUUCGCUUACCCGACUCCAAGAAGUUUGUGGAGGUUUACACCGUCAACCUAAAAAGCCCACUCAAGUACGGUGACUGUGGUACUUGGGUUUGGAGUGCCGACUUAGAAACGAAGAAGUUAUUCGGACACGUCGUCGCGGGUAGUCCAACGACUGGGCUUGCCUUGGUGAUGCCUGCCCACCGCGUCUUCCGCGAAGCGUUGGAGUACCUGAGUACCAGUAGUCAUGAGACUGACGACUCCGACGCGGAAGGGAGUGGAUCUCAGCCAUCAGAUCGCUGGAAGGCCGAGACAAAGCUCGACAGUACCGAGCCCCUUUUGGUGGACGCACAAGGAGACGGUCACGGCCCAUCAGAGGACGCAGUACUGCACCCGGUUCGCUCGUUCUCAAAACGGGAUUUACUUUUCCCGACACAGCGUGAAUGGGUCGAAGAAAUCAGCCGAGACUAUAAUGGCUUCUUCCACAAGAUUGAGUCGGAUUUCGAACGCUUAGUCAACAUGGCUAUCGAUUUGUCGACUCAUCGACAAAGCCAGGCGAGUAGAGGGCAACCUGGCGGGAACACGGUCUCUCGUUCAGAAAUCGCGUUUGACAUUGACCAGAGGCAGGUUGUACCAUGGCGAGCGUCCACUGCAGAGGAUAUUCAUCAAACGAGAAUCUUCAAGGCCUCGACAGUAUUUCAUGCGUAUGGUAUGGGCCGCAACGUCGAGACCCUCGGGGCCUAUUCUCCGCCCAGCUCUUGCUUUCAUGACGCAUCGGAGAACCCCCGUCAGGUCGAAGAGUUGCCCGCCGACGGGGAUUCAGACGGCUUCACCCCAUUUGACGCGUCGAAAAUAGCACCCGGCGACGACCUCGACGCAACAACGAUUAGCCACAAUGAUAUCUGGGCACUGGGUUAUGUUUUUCUGGAAACAUUUUCUAUUGUCACCGACAAAGAUAAUUUAAAAAGACAUUACCGCUCAGAAGUCUUGCUGGCUUUGGCACAAAACAAGGCCAAUCUGAGGGUGGACAUUUUGUUUCCCUCCCAACAGCCUCUUGGGCCAUUUCCUUUUGCUCAGUCUUUGCUGCUACCCCCAGAAUACCCCAUUAGACAACCGAGUUUCAAUGAAACCGUUCACGUGUGGUGGAAUCGAUCACAGUCAUCACAGCUUGAUGAUGAUGGAAAGGAAAGAAACAUGGCCGAGACGGACAUAGAAGAUGUUGACUGAUACCGUCAAGAAGAGUACAUCCCAACUGAUGUAAUCGUACGGUGCCUUUCGAGAGGCAGAGAUAUCUGGGACAUCGCAAUCGAAAGCCAAAAUGGUUGAGGAUUUUGAAAACUGGAACACCGAAGAACAUCCCGAUGAAUAUAAAGGUGUACAUGCUCAUCUGGGUCGAAAUAACACAGGCUAAAGUAUGGAGAAAACUAUGGAAACCUUGGUUGACAGCAUUGUUGCUGGAGUCACGCUGGAAGAUCAAUAGUGUGCUCACCUAGCCGGGGUUUCAGCCGGCAAGAACUGCCAUCGAUGAUCAAACUGAUGUCGAAGAAGCUGGGCGGACUAUCUUGGCAGCGAUUCUUGUAGUUUUUGGGUUAUCUAUGUUUGCAUCCAUUCGAAAUAUGUUGGUAACCCCAACGACCAAAAAGUAACCCAACAAAGAUUCGGAAAGAGAUUGAAAGGUUGCCGCAGAUGAAGUAUAUCUCAUGGCUGAAACUGUCUGCG